UUUAUUUAUUUAUAAUUUUUGCAGGUAUAGUCAUCCAUAAUAAUAGGUUAAGAAAAGAUUUAUAACUUCACAACGACAUCUAGUGAUGUGAUGUUAAAGACGGUUUGAAGGUUUUUGUUGUUGUUUUUUAGUAAAACCUUAAUAGCCUACAUGUAAAUUGUUCAAACUUUGGCGACACUGGAAUGAAUAACGAUUUCACAUAACAGUUAUUAACUCCAACUACAGUGUUUAAGAUAAUAUGUGACCCUGGAUCACAAAACCAGUCUUAAGUAGCAGGGGAACAUUUUUAGUAAAAGACAAAAAUACAUUGUGUGGGUCAAAAUUAUCGAUUUUUCUUUUAUGCCAAAAAUCAUUAGGAUAUUAAGUAAAGAUCAUGUUCCAUGAAGAUAUUUUGUAAAUUUCCUACCUUAAAUAUAUAAAAACUUUAUUUUUGUGAGUGGAUGGUCUGCCACAGUGCCCCUGAUUAACAACUUCAAAGGCAAUUUUCUCAAUAUUUUGAUUUUUUUGCGCUCUCAGAUUCCAGAGUUUUAGACGGUUGUAUCUCAGCCAGAUAUUGUCCUAUUCUAACAACUCAUAUAUCUAUAGAAAGUUUAUUUAUUCAUCUUUCAGAUUAUGUAAAAAUUUGCACAUAGGCUACAAUACGAACUUUUCGUAUGCGUUUUUUCGUAUUUGGCGCUCAUUUGUACUGAAUUGUCAAAACGCCUCUCAAAAUGCUUGCUAUGGAUGCGAAAAACGCAGAAAAUCGAACCCAGACCGAAUCUUUUUGAUGACGGACGAAAAUAUCGGAGGCAGUGUGUAAAUGUGAUUUACACAAAGUGAGGUCGUAUUUAUUUUUUAACGUGCGGAAAUUUCGGACGCAGAUUUCGGCCUCAAUGUGCAAUGGCCGUCCUUUUUUGUUUGUUUUCAGAUGAUGCUGAAGUGAUGGUGGACUUGAAUUCCUCUGUAUUUAGUUAUAGCCUAUAUUUAUAUUUCUCAUUCUAUAUUUAAUAAAUAGUUAUGGUACAUAUAAAGUUACAUUUUAUCAAUCUUGAAUUAUUUUAACGUUUUUCUGUGUUCUCUAUGUUGUUUAUGUAGGUCUAGUUUAUUUAAUAACUUUUGUUUUUAAUCCAGUCCUUGUUCUCUGAGCAACACACAAUCUACACAUGAUUUUAGACUGAUUUUUUGAAUUCAGGUAAAUCAUCAUACAGAGGUUAUCAGAACGUUAAGGGAAGGGUAGCGGAACGUUAGGGGAGCGUUCCCCUAACCUAUAGGGAACGUUCUAUUUAUGUCAAGAAAACUUUCCUAAUCAGCAGGGAACGUUAGGAUAUUUGUUCUGGGAACCAAACGCUAACGUUCCCAGAACGUUCUCGGAACCCAAAAUUGUUAGCUGGGCACAACCCCAGCUACGUCUGAAUUCACUCACUUGUUCACUCAUUCACUAUUCCCUAUAUAGCGAAUGCUAAAUAGUCCACUAUAUGGGGAAGAAGUGAAUGAAAAUGAGUGAACAAUUUCGGACACUGACAUAAUAUAUACUGCGUCUGACAGUAACCUUAUACUGUCGCGAACAUUCGUCAUAACGCUUAUAUUACACCUGUGUGGCUUAAUGGAUUGUUUUGUAAAAUGGUAAAGUUCAUUUUUACAUUAUUUGUCACGUUUAUUGUAUUAGUUUUUAAUAAAGAGAACAAAACAAAUGUUUGCCACGUUUAUUUACUAUUAAAUUUAUUACGUUUAAUAAAAUUACUUAAUAUAUUUAAAAGAAAACACUGCUAAAUAACAUUCAUUUAAUCUGUUUAUUCUCAAAAAGUAGAAAAUAACUGUUAACAAGAACAAACACAAGUGUAUUAAAUGUACAUUCGUGGCAUUAACGGUCACUCCUCCAGCUGAUUCUAAUCAGACGGUUGAUUCGCGUUAUCACGGGAAAUAUGAGUGAGAGAGUGUAAAUCGGAUGUACACUCAAAAUCAGAAUACAUUGUGGGUAAAAAGUAGUGUAGGGAAUGCGUUGUUUACUCAGAUUUCGGACAACACUACAAAAUGGCGGACACCCGAUAGUGCACUAUAUAGGCCCUGUCCCAAAUGGCGCACUUGCGGUCUCGUGGACUUAAAUUGCGCGUUCUCGCCAAGUCUACGAGUCUGUAGUGUGUCCCAUUUGUCUUUUUAGCGCUCAGAAGUCUGCUCGCGAGCACCUCCUUUGUGCCCUCGAUGCGGUCUUCGGCGAAGCCCGCAUUGAUGCAGACUCCACUGAAGUCCCCUACCCAGGAAUCCUUGCGAACGCCCAAUCACAGACCGGAUGGGAGGAGUGUCGUGGAUGUCAGACAUCAGACAAACAUUUUUAAAUGUAUGUUUUGAUAAAAUUCAAAAUUAAUUUAUUAAUUAGUUACUUAUUCAUAUUAUUGCUUAUUUAUUUUCUAUUAAGCCAGCUAUUCAAGAAUAAAAAUGCAGUGCAUUUUCUUACUUAAGGUAAUAAGCCAUGUUUUGUUGUAGAUUUAUAUCUAGUUGUCUCUGGGCUCUGUAAAGCUGAACAACACAGCUUCUGUAUUAUAGAGAAAUAUUAGAUAACAACAUAUAUGCAUAUUAAGAACACAUUAUGCACAUUGAGUAGGCUAUAGUGUAAACAAAUUAAUACAUAUACAGUCAUGACAAAUGAAUCCAUUACAAACAUAAGUAUCUAUUGCAUAAUGCUCGGGUGGCAUAUCAACAUAUGAAAUACAGAACAAUAAAAACCGGCAGCUCCAGCCCCAAAUAACAACAAUGGGACAACAAGUGGUCGACUUCACGCGGCGCUGCGCAGACUGAUCAGCGCAUGACAACAAAGUACCGCGAGAGUGAUUAGAAAGCACCGCUUGCUCUUUCCGGCGUGAUGUCCUCAGGUCUGUCCCAAAAAGCACUCCCAUGUACCCUUAUGGACUCGUGCCUAGUGCCCUAUAGGUCUGCACUUCCUGACGUCACCAAGUGUGCACUCGGAGGAGGCCAACAAGACCGGAGUGCGCCAUUUGGGACAGUGCCAUAUGCGAUGUGGGCGAAUUCAGUGGCUGAGUCCGAAAUCGCAUACUCAAUGGGCGUUCUGAACAUCCUACUGCCAUCUCGCAACGGACCACCGUAGCCACCUUCGUGAUGUUAACGAGUGUGCUCAUCUGUCCCUGUAGCAGUCAAACAAGAUUCAAGUUACCUCUGUGAUAUGUGCUCAAUACUGCAUUUAAAUGUGGAGGUUGUUCUCAAGCAAGAAAAUAAUAACUACAAUGCUUGGGUAUUCAUUGGCGUGGCGGCCACAGAGCUGCAGCAGCUUGAUCAGGCCCAGGCAGCCUAUGCGAAAGCAACCGAACUGGAGCCAGAACAACUACUGGCAUGGCAGGGUUUAGCAAAUCUGUAUGAAAAAAGCAACCAGGCAGAUUUCAAGGCCAACCUGCCAAAGGUUUAUCAGAAACUUAUAAUGUUAUAUGAACCGUCAGACAAAGCAAAGUGUUUUGAAGUAAGCAAGAAACUGGUGGACAUCUAUCAGUCGGAGAAUAAUUAUUUACAGGUGGCCAGAGUGUGGCAGAAAUUGAUACUGUUGAAGGAGGGGGAGGAUGGAGUCCAGAAUUUAGAGCUGCUGCAGCUGUGGAUGGAGAUGACCAGACUGCUGCAGGCUACUGUGGAGGAUCAGGACAAUGAGACUCAGCAGCAUUUGAUGUUAGCAUUUGAAAGAGCAUUGGAGCUGACUGUAGAUGUACCCAGCGAAGCCCACAGGAGCCUCACAGAGAAUUACAUCAAUUUUCUUUCUAAGCUUCCUUAUGAGGUGAUCAAGCUAAAAGAGAUAUGUAAUGGCACAUUGUCUCUCUAUCCAACCUUCUCCUACCCUCUAGAGGUCCUCAGUGAGCACUACAUAAAAACAGGUGACUGCAGUGAGGAAGCUGUGUGCUAUUUCAGACGUCUCUCAGAAUUAGAUCCAAACAACUCAGUUGCUAACUUUGGCCUCGGUGUUAAAGCUCUCCAAGAGAGGAAAUAUGAGGAUGCCAUCAAGUGUCUUAAAUUGGGACUACAACAAAGGCAGUGUUCCAUCAUCGGUUUGUAUAAUCUGGCUCUGGCUCAGCUAAAAACGCAUAGAUACGCUGACUGUAUCACAUCGUCCAGUCAAGGGCUAGAAUUGAGUGUGGGGAACUCUGAUGAUUGGACACAGAAGCUACAAAGGUUAAGACUAGAGGCUCUGGUAAGGACUGGAAGAAAACAGGAUGCUGACGAAGUACUGCAGAUUAUUGCACAGAUUUCAGAUGCCAAAAAUGACCCAGUGCUCUUAGCUUUAAAAGGAAGGGCUCUCCUGCAAAAAGAUCAAGCUGAUGAAGCUUUUGAGGUUUCUUUGGAGCUGCUACGCUUGUACCCGAGCUCUGUGGAGGGUCUUACUCUAAGGGGAUUGAUUUAUGUUGCAUUAAAUGAACACAACCGGGCAGAGGAGAGCUUUCUGGAGGCUUUAUACAGAAGCUCAGAGAAUGGGGAGAUUUGCUUCCUCUUAGGGCGGUUGUACUGGAGCAUAGGAGAGGAGACUCGGAGGGACCGUCGCAAAUCCCAUGCGUAUUUACUGAAGGCAGCUAAUCUGGACCCCUAUCUUGGGUUAGUGUUCCGUUUUCUUGGCCAUUUCUACAGGCAGGUGGCACAAGAUCAGGGCAGGGCCAGAGGCUGCUAUAACAGAGCAUUUGAGCUGGAUUCAUCUGAUGCAGAGGCUGGAGCUGCUACUGUGGACCUGAGCAUGGAGCAGGGAGAUAUGGAUACCGCUCUGGCUGUUCUGCAGUCAGUGACAGAGAGUGCCGCUCCUGGCACCGCUAAAUGGGCCUGGAUGAGAAAAGGUCUCUACUACCUGAAGCUUGGCCAGCACCAGCAGGCUAUUACAGAUUUGCAGGCAGCAUUGAGAGCUGAUCCACAGGACUGGGUGUGCUGGGAAUGUUUAGGUGAAGCUUACUUGAAUCGCAGGAGUUUUACAGCUGCUCUAAAAGCCUUUGCUAAAGCACAUGUCCUGCAGCCCACAUCCAUCUACAGCCUCUACCAGACCGCUGCCAUCAAACAGAUCCUGGGACAGUUUAAGGAGGCUUCUGUGGAAUACAAGCAGAUCCUAGAGCAAGAUGACUAUGUUCCAGCUCUUAAAGGUUUGGGUGAAUGCUUGUUAGCCUUAGCUAAAAGUGCACUGGAGGACUGUCUAGAUGGCAGAGCAAUAGACCUGAUACAGGACUCGAUCUAUUAUCUCUUUAGGGCAGUCCAACAGAGGCCAGACUUGUCCUGUCUGUGGAAGUUACUUGGUGAUGCUUGCACCACCUGCAGAACUGUGUCCCCAAACCAUUGCAGAGUGUUGGUACCUGGGGCUCUGUGUGCAGUGCAUCCACCUGAUCAAAGCUACAUUCUGGACCAGCAACAGCUCUACAAUCUAGGGGAAAGGUGUUUUGGGAGUGCUUUGAAACUAAUGCCAGAGGUUCCUAGUCUGUGGUGUGACCUUGGCCUUAAUUACUACCACCAAUCCAGACUAUUCAACUCUCUUUCUGAUGAGGACUCACAGCCCCUGCUGCAGAAGGCCUUGCAGUGUCUGAAAAAGGCGGUCAUGUUGGAUAGUGCUGAUUACAUAUACUGGAAUGCUCUUGGAGUGGUUGCCAUGGCAAAAGGAAUAGACAACUUGGCUCUUGCACAGCACAGCUUUAUCAAGUCUGUGAAAGCUGAAUCAAAUAAUGUGGUUGCUUGGACCAACCUUGGAGCAUUAUAUCUAAAAAAGGGAAAUAUUGAGCUCUCUCAUGAAGCUUUCAAGACUGCACAGUCACUUGAGCCCCAUUAUGUCAAUUGCUGGAUUGGCCAGGCUUUAAUUGCCGAAACAGUGGGAAGUUACGACACUAUGGACCUCUUCAGACAUGCAACAGAACUGAGUACUCAUACUGAGGGUGUGAAGGCUUAUGCAUACUGGGUUUGUUCCACACUGCUGAACAAAAGCAACAGAGACUCAGAACUGUACCUCUACAACAUACUCCAGAUGAACGCUGUCUCAGCUGCUCAGGGGGCGCUGAGCAAGUACACCGAGAGGAUUCGGACAGACCCUGAUGCUUUGAUCAUGCUUGGAUACCUGAACACACACCUGCACCUGAAAAAUCAGGCCACUGAGGCAUUUCGCAGAGCUGUAGAGCUGCUUCAGGUGUCCCCUUGCACUGAAAAGCUCAGCUUUGCACUGAGGGGUUAUGGACAUGCCCUCAGUAAUAACAGGGAGUAUGAAGAAUCUGUACAUAUUUAUUCUUCCACACCGUUGGAGGAGUUACAUGAUUUCAUUGGACUUGCACUUGCCUGCUUCAGAACUGGUCACCAGCCAGAGAGCAUUCAGGCUUAUGAAAAAGCCCUUGCUGUUGCCUCUAGUGAUAAGGAAAAGGCAUAUAUACUCACCGCACUUGCUUUGAUACAGCACAGGCUGGGCAACUUGGAUCAUGCCAAAUCCCUGCUCUUUAAGUGCUCAAUGCUGAAAAUUCCAGUGCCAGAGAGUCUGCAGUGUUUAUGUACUCUUGGUUUAGUUCAUGAGGAUGUGACCCUGGCAAAUGCUACGCUUACGGAGUUGUUAAAGCUGGGAGAACCAAUAGGUGGUGCUGUGGAAGAAGGCUGUCUGCUCACCUGCACCCUGCAAGCCUUAAAGAGCAACUAUAGUGGAGUUCACAGAGUGGUUUCUGGUGCUAUACACAGGUACCCAGGAAAUCGAUCUCUCUGGGCUCUCCUCUCCAGACUGGUUCCACAGUACUGUCCUAACAAUGCCAAUGGAGGUGCUGUGGCUGGUAAUGUGGCAUGUCAUGACCACUCAACAUUUGGAAAGAGUGCAUUGCUGUACAGUGGAGUGAAUCAGCUGGCAUCUGGUCACCACUCCAGCAAGGACAAAAGAUGGAAGGCUCUAAAAACAAUUCAGAGAGCCGUGCUGCUGUGUCCAGAUGAUCCUGCUGGGUGGGCAGGACUUAUGGCUGCCUGUCACACAGAGAAUACUGCAUCAUUACUCACAGGCUCCACCCCUUACAGAGAUUGCCUUGAAAGGUCUUUUAUGACUUUGGUUUCUGAAAAAGUGAAGGACCUUCAGGGAGGGGACGGAUUGCUUGCUCAGGCUCUGGAGGGCUGGGUGCUACAGCAAGCUGUGACAGGACUCAAACAGAGUGGCCAAUAUGACCAGGCUGAGGCGCUCUGCUCUCAGGUUCUGAGAGUAUCUCCAGAGCAUCCUGUGGUGUUUCUAAUGUUAAGGCAGGUUCAGUGUGAACGUUUGCUUCUGUCUGUGACUGAUAACUAUGUUCGUCCAGCUGUGAUGGAUCAGCUCAGUGCAGCUGUCAUGACCAGCCAUACCUCUGUGUCUGCUUGGCAUUGGCUAGCAGAAAUGUACUGUUGCCAGGGUCUGCUGACUGAGGCCUCUGUGGCUUGCAAGCAGAGUCUUCAACUGACCUCUCAGUUCGGUGACAACAGCGGGAAGAUCAGCAGUCUGCUAAGACUGGCCCUGGUUGCUCUUAGGCCAUGUAUGGCUGGUGUAUGUUUGUCUGGGUGGAAGGAUCUGGUGUUGGAAGCUAGCACUGAAGUUUUGAAGAUGGGAAGCUCUCCAAUAGCUCUGCUUUUCCAAGCCUUACUCCAGUUCUCUGUCAAGAUAGGUGGCAGGGAAACCCGGCGUCUGCUGGAGAGGAUUGUGUAUGCUUCACCCUCAGGGACUUCUGAUACUGUGGUAUCGGUGGCACGCUGGUACCUCCUGCGCCACCUUCACGCCAAAGAUGACAUGGAGCUGAUAGAAACCCUGUUGGUGGAGGGAAAAGAAGCAGGAGACAGCAGACUCCUGGAAUUCCACAAACGCCUUUUCCCAUCUUGCUGAGACAUUCUAUCCAUCCUCAAAUCCUUUCUCAGGAGAAUAUACACUUUACCUCACAGCAAACCCUUACGCAUUUUGUCUAAACUGAUAUGCGUUUCCGUGUUAAGGAUGAAUUCAUUGUCAAUGUGUUUGGAAUUUUGAAAUACUUUACCAAAAAGUAAUAUCUCUACUGGACAUUGAUGUGGCUCAUCAUUAUCACAUUAAUGGUCAUUGCAUUGGAUCCAGUAUGAAUGGUUUGCCUACAAAUAGUAAUAUCUCUACUAAACAUAGUUUGUGUGGAAGAAUGUGUAAUUUGUUUUAUUUGGAUUUAAGUAAUGGUCCUUUGAGAAUAUAAUUGAAUUGUUGAA